CCCGUUGGACCUAUUCGUCGCCCCGCGCCACCAAAUCGUCGAGGGGAUAAGGACGAUUCCCCUCGACCUCGUCGACAACCCCAAGAUCUUUUCCCUCUCUCGAUCCAGUAGCCACCCGUUGCACCCGUCGCCAUGGAUCCCUCUGUCCCCGCGCUCAGCGUCGCCUCUGCCGCCUAGGAGCAUGUCCGUCUACUUCGCCGUCGUCCGCCUUGUCGUCUUCAACCACCACUCCGAGCUCUACUCCUCCACAACGAACGGAUCGAGCAAUCUCCCUUCUUUCCAUCGACAUCGCCAUCGCCCGGAACCGCCACUGUCGAGCCCUCCCCGAGCUCGCUUUGCACAUCUACAGGGCUUUGACUCCGAGACUGCUGCUGAUGUCCGUGUGUUCGACUACAUCGAAGAUGACCCCUCCUUCCUUCCAGAGCAACCAGGCGAUGGAGUCCAGGAGCCAGAUGCCACCAUCGAGGACGACUCCUACUACACUGGAGGUGCCUACUACUACGUGCAGGCCGCUGACGACGACCAAGAGUAGUUUAGGAGGAUCCCAGGCAGGAGGCAUGCGCCUGUUUCGAUAUGUAUCCCAGUUUGUGCUAGCCUUCUUAAGGCAAUCUUGUUUAACUUAUGUCUGUACUCAAAUAUUGUUGCUUCGCUGACUCGUGUAUGAUCGAGCUCUUGUAUUCGAGCCCUCGAGGCCCCUGACUUGUAAUAUGAUGCUUGUAUGACUUAUUUUAUUUGUAGAGUUGUGUUGUGAUA